AUGGCCAACCCCUUCGACAUCAAUGGCGGUGCCUGUGUCGCCAUGGUGGGCAAGGACUGCGUCGCCAUUGCUUGCGACCUCCGCCUGGGCAUGCAAUCCUUGACCGUUUCGAACAACUUCCCCAAGAUCUUCAAUUACGCUCCCUCCACCUACCUCGGCCUGACUGGUUUGGCCACUGAUGUCAACACUGUCUCCGACCUUUUCCGCUACAAGGUCAACAUGUACCGCCUGCGCGAGGAGCGCCACAUUGCACCGCAGACCCUCGCCAACCUAGUCAGCUCAUCGCUGUACGAGAAGCGCUUCGGUCCCUUCUUUAUCAGUCCCGUCAUCGCGGGUAUCAACCACACAUCGGGGAAGCCGUUCAUUUGCGGGUUUGACAGCAUCGGCUGUAUCGACUUGGCCAAGGACUUCAUUGUCAGUGGAACUGCCAGCGACCAGUUGUUUGGUACAUGUGAGGGUCUGUGGGAGCCGGAUUUGUCCCCCGAGGACCUCUUUGAGACCAUCUCACAAGCACUGCUGAGUGGUGUCGACCGAGACGCCCUGUCCGGUUGGGGUGCACAGGUUUAUAUCAUCGAGAAGGACAAGGUCACCCAGCGGCUACUGAAGGGACGACAGGAUUAG